CACAGUACAAUACAGAUCAUGUCAUGUGAGAGCUGUUUGACAGACUGACCCUGUCCAGCCUGGGCCGGCAAGGUGGGGGAUGGUGGGCGCAAUGGUUUACUGACGGCUUCAAACCUCUUUCUCUUUCGUUUCCUACUCCUCUGGGAGUUCAGGACACUCCGUCAACACGUCACUGCUUUUACCCGACAGGAGAGCCAGCUGCCUCCCUCUCGCCAUUACGGAGGGGACCGGUUUUCCCAAGCUCCUGUGUGAGAGAGUUAGUCUCCACAACCCCCCACUCCGCGCCGGACCUGUCAUCAUUGUGAACCGUCCGCUCCUGUAAGGACCCAGCAUGGCCUCAGGCAGUCGUUGUCGCGAUGAACCCGAGGCUGGUGAUUUGAUUGAGAUACUCCGCACAGGCUACAAACACUGGGCUCUCUAUGUGGGCCAUGGUUAUGUGAUCCACCUUGCCCCUCCAAGUGAGGUGUGUGAUGCGGGCAUUAACAGUUUGAUGUCGGUUUUGACUGACAAGGCCUGCAUUAGGAAGGACCUGCUUAUCACGGUGGUCGGCUAUGAUCGUUACCAGGUCAACAACAUCUUUGAUGGGAAACUUUCAGUCCGGCCCAUUAGCACCAUCAUCAAGGAGGCGGAGAGUCGGGUUGGUGAGGAGGUCAAUUACAGCGUUACCUUGGCGAACUGCGAGCACUUUGUCACAGAUCUACGAUACGGAGUGGCAAAGUCUGGACAGGUGGAUGAUGUGAUGUUUGCGACAAAAGCCGCAUUUGGUGUGUUUGCUCUGGGGGCUGCCGCCGGCCUGUGCUACCAGCUUGUGAAGAGAAGAGACAAACAGAAGGAGUGAUGGGAUCCCCAGGGGAGGGUGUGGGGGGGACCUGGACAGACACAGUGACAGCCGGGGACCCCCCUGCAUCUUUUUACUUGUAGAUCGGCCCAGAGUGAGGGCGGGGGUCAGAGGUAAAUAUGGAGAGGGGGCAGGCUGACUUGGGGGGACAACCUGAGAGUUGGUGAUUGGACUCUGAGGUCUUAUUAAAUUUCCUUUUCCCCCCUCUUGGGGGGGAUGUGCCCCCCCCCCCCACCCCCCUCGCCAGACCUCGGACUGCUUUAGUUACGUUUGAUGCACGUUUUGGCAGAUCCUGUUCUCUCUCUCUCUCUUUGAUCAAUAAAGGGGGCUGUGUGUUUGCCAAUGGAUUCUGUGCUCUCCCCUUCAUUUUUUCACUCUGUUCAUCGUGUGACCUCCCCCAGACUGCCAGUCGAGCCCCUUCCCACCCCCCACCCCCCCCCAUUCACGCGCCAUCUGUUAGACCAUGUUAGGGCGUGGGAAAGACCAGGUAUUCAUGUUGGAUGACUUUUCACGGACAGCAUUGGUUUCAUAACCCCCUCCACAGACAGUCUCUCCCUGAGCUCAUUGGCAAUUCAACAUCCACCACCACCCCCACCGCCCCCCUCAACACCCACCAGGCCACCCUAUGCUCACCACACCAUGCUCCCCACCACCAGCACACUCUAGCCUAUACUCCUAGUCCCUCAGACUCAGCUCUGGUGCAUCCAUUCCUCAGCCCACCCCAUGCCAGUGCCUGGCAGGGGUGGGAUCAGCUAAAGGAGCCACUGGGGAUUUCGACCACCCGCCGCUUGAGGAGACUCGGCCAGUCCUCAGAGAAAGGGGGGGUCUGCGGUAUUCAGUGAGCUUCCAACCCACUUGAGUUACCCCCCCACCCCCCCGAACCCUUUCCCUUCCUGUCCCACAGGUGCCUGGUCUAAAUUUCGGGGGUGGAUGAAGGGAGGGGAAAGGAUCAGAAGGACCAGUGCUUGGGAAAGCAAUGGUCUCUGAAUAGCGUCCCCUGGGGUGGGGAGAGCUGAGAUUGACCUUCCCCACCCACUGCGCAGUGGGUCUGUGUCUCAACCCCGUUCCUGCUCUUCACUAUUUAAUUAUAUUUUUAAAAACGUAAUUGGAACAUGAAUGUUGGGCAACAGUGAGAGAUGAGAGUUAAUGCUCCCACCUCAUCGGUGAAGCGAAAUAAAGAUUCUGACUUAAUUGAA